UCGUGUGUUUACGUGGAGAAACAUGGCGGCGACGGUGACAGCAAAGCCCGAAUAAAACACUGAGGAAAUCCCAAAGAUUGACCGUCCGAACCGAGGCGGACGCACAUGUCAGCGCUCCGCGUUUAGCGCUAGGUGUGUCUGCGUGCGUGUGGCGUUUUUAUGACGCGCGUGUGUCCGUUUUUAAGCCGCAGGAACCGCAGAGAUGAUGGAAGACGAGGAGCGACAGAAGAAACUACAGGCCGGCAAAGCUAAGCUGGCCGAGUACCGGCAGAGGAAAGCUCAAUCCGAUGGCCAGAAGAAGCAGAAGAAGAAGAAAAAGAAGCCGGAGGCGGACGCGGAGGAGCGUAUGAGAGAGGAGCAGGGGAGAAAUGAGGGCGAGGAGCAGAGAGGAGAUCAGACCACCGUGUUUUCCGUCUCAAAGACUCUCCACAGUGGAGAAACUGUCACACACGACCAGACCUACACCAUAGAGCCCGAGAGUGAAGUCUCAACGACGGCUGAAGACUGUUCAUCUGAGGUAAAUGGUUUCCACGAGAGGACAGAGAGUGAUUUGACUUCCUCUGUGAUCGGGGAGGAAGAUCUGCAGCAGUCCGAAGCGCAAAUGGAGCCUGACCUGCAGAGCGGUGGCCCUCAGAGCAGAAUACAGAUCAUGGAGGACGAGCUAGCCGCCAAGAGCAUGGCCAUGGAGGAGCUGAGCCGCGAGCUCGAGGAGAUCAGGGCGGCGUUUGGAGCUGAAGGAGUACAGCAGCUGCAGGACUUCGAGGAAGCGCUGAAACAGAGGGAUGAAAUCAUCACGCAGCUCACCGCCAAUCUGCAGCAGGCACGAACCGAGAAGGAGGAGGUGAUGAGGGAGUUCCUGGAGCUGACGGAGCAAAGCCAAAAACUCCAGAUUCAGUUCCAACAGCUGCAGGCCGGUGAGAUCCUGCGGAGCUCCAACAUCAGCUCCACCGCUGCAGACCUUCUCCAGGCCCGUCAGCAGAUCACGCUGUACCAGCAACAACUGGACGAGAGGGACGCGCAGGUCAGAGGUCACCAGGAGAAGAUGCAGGAGCAGCUUUUAUUGAUCGCGCAGCUUCAGGAGAGGCUGAGUGAAGCAGAGAGAGUCCGCACACAAGCGGACGAAUCAUUCGCACAGAGUUUACGAGAAAAGGACUUAUUAAACACUGAACAGCAGCGUCUGAUAACACAGCUUCAGGACCAGCUCUUGACUUCCAAACAACAAGUGGAGGAAUUCAACAAACAUCUAGCUGCGAAAACCCAGGAGCUGGAAAACUGCGAAAAAGAGCUUUCGUCAUCCAGACAGAAAGAGCGCAUGUCAUCCGGAGAAAUCCUGCAGCUCAUGAAAACUGUCGAGGACCUUCAGCAGCGCUGCCACCAGGGAGGCCAAUCCGAGAGCGAGACGAUCCAGAGAAUCGAGGACAACUGGAACCGCCAGAUGGAGCAGCUGCGAGCCGAACUGGACGAAAUGUACGGACAGCAGAUAGUGCAGAUGAAACAGGAACUUCGCAUGCAACACGCCACCGAGGUGGAGCGAAUUCAAACGCAGCACAGCUCAGAAACUGAGAAGAUCGUCCAGCAGCAUCAGUCAGAGCUGGAGAGGUUCAAAGGUCAGCUGUUUCAGAGCGCCGGAGGCGUCAACGUGCUAAACGUGAAGGUUAUCGAACUCCAGCAGAAGCUGCAGGAGACGCAAGUUCUGCGUGAAAAGGCGGAGCAGGAACUGGCGCAGACGAGGGCAGAUAAACUCAAUGUGGCACAGCAGGUGGAGCGCUUGCGUGACGAGCUGCAGUCCACCAGAGCGGAAAUCCAAAGUCCAGAGAAAAUGCAAAUGUUACACGAUGCCAUUAGCGACCUGCAGAUGCAGCUCGAAGCGGCGCACAAGGCCAACGGCGACCUAGAAGUCAAGCACGAAUCAGAAAUCACCAAUUAUAAGAUUAAACUCGACAUGCUGGAGCGGGAAAAAGACGCCGUUCUGGACCGCAUGGCCGAAUCACAGGAAGCGGAGCUGGAACGUCUACGCACGCAGCUCUUGUUCAGCCACGAGGAGGAGCUUUCACGACUUCGAGACGACCUCCAACGGGAAAGCCAGCUCAACGUGGAGAACCUGCGUGACGAGAUGGCCGUGAGGCACCGUGAGGCUUUGGACGAUUUCGGAGACAAGCUGCGGACGGUGGAGAGCGAGAGAUCGGCGUUGGCUUCAGAGAGACUUGCGCUUCUUCAAGAGAUCGUAGCGUUGAAAAACGACCUGAAUCGGGCGCUGGAAAGCCAGAGAGCUGAGGACCUGGUUGUGCAGCUGAAGGAACUACAGACAGAAGUCGAGCAUCUAAGAGCGGAAAGUGGACAAAAAGAGUCGGGAGAUGAGCUGACAUCGCUGAAAAAUGAGCGUGAACACCUUCUGCAGAAAAACCAACAAAUGUGUACACAACUGAAAGACCUGCAGGAUGAGAUCGAAAAGCAGAGGAACACCUUCUCCUUCGCCGAAAAGAACUUUGAGGUGAACUACCAGGAGCUAAAGGACGAGUACACCUGCCUGGUGAACGCUAAACUACAGCUAGAGCAGCGCUUGAUCAAAGAAACCAUGGAAUACGAGACGAAGCUCAGAGAGCUUCAAACGAGACACGAGGAGGUGGAUGGAAAGACUCUGAUUGAAAAAGACACUUCUGAGCUGAUGGAAAAACUUCAGAUGGCCGAGAAUGAGAAGAAGAGCUUGGCGGAGCAGCUCUUGACAAUGCAAACGGACAUGAAGAAGCUUGAAGACGAGCUUAAGAAGACACGGGUUGAUAAAGGCUCUUCUGAGCUGAUGGAAAAGCUGGAGACAGCUGAGAACGAGAAGAAGAGCUUGGCGGAGCAGCUUUCGAAGAUGCAAACGGACGUGAAACAUCUUGAAGACGAGCUUAAGAAGAUGCCGAUUGAAAAAGACUCUUCUGAGCUGAUGGAAAAACUUCAGAUGGCCGAGAAUGAGAAGAAGAGCUUGGUGGAGCAGCUCUCGACGAUGCAAAUGGACAUGAAACGUCUUGAAGACGAGCUCAAGAAGACACUAAUUGAAAAAGACUCCACGGAGUUGAUGGAAAAGCUGGAAGUGGCCGAGAAUGAGAAUAAAAACUUGGUGGAGCGCCUCUCACAGAUGGAAAUGGAUGCAAAACGACUUGAAGACAAGCUCAAGAAGAUGCCGAUUAACGAAGACUCAUCUGAACUGACAGAAAAACUUGAGAUGGCCGAGAAUGAGAAUAAAAACUUGACAGAGCAGCUCUCGACGAUGCAAACGGACAUGAAACGUCUUGAAGACGAGCUCAAGAAGACACUGACUGAAAAAGACUCUUCUGAACUGAUGGAAAAGCUUGAGAUGGAAAAGAACGAGAAGAAGUGCUUGGUGGAGCGGCUCUCGCAGAUGGAAAUGGAUGCAAAACGACUUGAAGACAAGCUCAAGAAGAUGCCGAUUGAAAAAGACUCUUCUGAGCUAAUGGAAAAGCUUGAGACUGCUGAGAACGAGAAGACGUGCUUGGCAGAGCAGCUCUCGGUGAUGCAAACGGACAUGAAACGUCUUGAAGACGAGCUCAAGAAGACACUAACUGAAAAAGACUCUACGGAGUUGAUGGAAAAGCUGGAAGUGGCCGAGAAUGAGAAUAGAAACUUGGUGGAGCGCCUCUCACAGAUGGAAACUGACGCAAAACAGCUUAAAGCUGAGCUCAAGAAGACUCCAAUCAAAAAAGACACUUAUGAACUGAUGGAAAAGCUGGAGACGGCUGAGAACGAGAAGAAGAACUUAGCGGAGCGGCUCUCGCUGAUGAACACAGAGCUCGAGAUGCUGAAGGGAGGAAGAAGCGAAGAUCUGGGCUCUCGACGGCAUGCGCUCGACUGCAGCGUCGCUGGUGGGCUGUGCUCCGUGGAAACGCAUCACGCUCACAUCAGAUCUUUGCGGGAGGAACUGGAUGUGCUUCGCUCGUCUCUGGAAGAGAAGGAGCGCCUCGAAGCCACGCGGCUGCGGUGCGACGACCCCUCCUCUCCGACAGCAGCGCAGCAGCCGCAGCCGCAGGAGGGGAGGAGGAGAGAGACGCCUGCGAGUACUCCAGCGCACCGGCUCGCUUUACACACACACGCAGGAGCAGCAGCGCAUGAGGAUCAGCUUUCAGCGUCUGGACGACUCCCGGAGCAGGUGGAGACGGGAGACGCUCAGGCCGAUGGAGACGCUGACAGAGCCUCGCUCAUGAUGCAGCCGCAGGAAAUGGACGGCGCUGAGCAUGAUGAGUGUCGUCUGCAGUUGGAGGCUCAGCGCAUCAGUCUGUCUCAGAUUCACGCCGCUCAGCUGGAGCUGCUCCGAGAGAGUCUGUUUGCGCAGACGCAGGCGCAGCUGCUCAGUCGGGAGCAGGAGCUGCAGGACGCGCACGAGCAGGAGCUGCGGCGCUUGCGGGAGGAGAUGAGGAGCGAGCAGCAGGGGCUCAACGGUCAUCCCGCGGAGCUGAAGGAGUCGUCCGUCCAGCAGCUGAAGGCAGAGUUUCAGGAGUGUUCGGCCCGGCUGGAGGAGAGACACCGUCAGGAGAUCGAGCGGCUGAAGAGCUACUACCAGCAGCAGAUGGAGGAGACGCAGGAGAGAUUCACGGCCGAGAUCCUCCUGCUGCAGCAGAGACUCCAGGAGCUCACAGGAGCCCGCGAGCUCUUCAGCGUGCCGAGCGUCUGUGCGCCGCUGACGGGAGACGAGCGCCGUGAACAUCUUCAGGAUGAGGAUGAGGAUGAGGAGCGUCGCUCUGUAGAUGUGGCAGUGGGUCUGUCUCGUGAGGACCUGGAGAGACUCAGAAACGUGGCGGCGCGACGGGCUUCAUCUCCGGAGGAGGAACCCGAUCUCAGACGCCUGGAGGAGGAGAUCGCUAAGGUGAUCGUGCAGAUGUCGGUUGAAUUCGCUCAGCAGACGGAACAGGCCUGGAUCAGCAAACAGGCCCGCGAGACCAGCACCGCCAUACAGACGGACAUCAGCGAGGAUGAGGAGGCCGAAGAGGAUCAGCUGAACUCUGUGAGUCUGAUGAAGUCUCAUGAAGAAGAGCCCAUCUACAGCACUGAACACAAAACAGGUGAGGAUGAAGAGGUCGGAGAAGAGAGCGAAAUCCCUUCAGAGACGUUUGAUGAUGAUCUUGAGGAAGAGCAGGAAGACACAGAGGUCCCAGCAGAUGAUGAUGAUGAUGAAGAGGACUUCCGCUCUGAGCUCGUCCAGCAGGAGGAGGAACACGGCCGCGUGCUGGAGGCGCUUCGAUCGUCACACGCGCGUCAGCUGGAGGUUUAUCAGGAGCAGAACACACUCCUGACAGCACAGAUACACACACUCAACCAGCAGCUCCUGCAGAAGGAGCUGGAGCUGCAGCAGAUCAAGGAGAGAGAAGAUGAGACCGACAGACAGAGAGAUCAACAGCUGCUUCCCAGCAUGCGAAGCUGCGGCACACAGACAGAGCAGACGAGAGAGGAAGAGGAGAAGCAGGAUGAGGAAGAGAGGAAGGAGAAAGGUCAGGGAAGAGCCGCGCCGUCGCAGUCGCGCGCACAGGACCCGCAGCUCUCGUCUGAUGUCAUCACCACUGAGAGGGAUUUUCUGCGUAAGGCGAACGUUCGUCUGCGUCAGGUUCUGAUUGACGUGUUGAAGACGACGGCGGCGGUGGAGGAGACCAUCGGCCGUCAUGUGGAGGGGAUCCUGGAGGCGUCCAGUAAGGCUCAUCUGAGAUCGUCCUGGCAGAAGGAGGCUGUGAAAGCGUAUGGCGCUCCGACGGCAGGAGACGCCUCCUCUGAGAGUUUCCACGGCAGCGAGGCGGGCGCUGAUGACGUCAGCCUGUUUUCAGCAGAGACUGAGACCGACGAAGGGCUGGAGAUGUCGCUGAAGAUCCAGGGGGCGGAGCUGCAGCUGCAGGAGGCGGAGCUCCCGCUGGAGAGGGAGGAGUAUCUGAUGAGCAUCAGCACCCGACUGCAGAGCGCCGUAGAGAAGCUGCUCAUCACCAUCACUGACACCAGCACUCAGCUGGAGCAUGCGCGGAUCACGCAGACGGAGCUGAUGAGAGAGAAGUUCAGGCACAAUGAGGAGAUGGAGGAGCUGCUGCGCAGGCAGGAGGAGCUGCAGGAGCGUCUGGGAGAGGAGGCGCGAGCGCGGGAGCAGCUGGCACUGGAGCUGCACAAGGCUGAAGGUUUGAUCGACGGCUACACGGGCGAGCGUUUGGCGCUGGAGCAGCAGGUUCGAGAGCGAGCCGAGCUGCAGCUGCAUCUGGAGCAGGAGCUGCGCGUCACCGGCAGCCGUCUGCGCGAACUGGAGCAGGAGCGCCAGCAGAUACAGGACGAGCGCGAGCUGCUCUCGCGACAACAGGACGCCAUGAGAGACGGGGCGGGACCUCGAGAGCUACGACUAGUUGAGGCUGCUCUUGACGCAGCGCCUGAAGCAGACCUGCUGGAGGAGACGGAGAAGCUGAUGGCGGAGAAGGUGGAGGUGCAGCGUCAGGCGCAGAAGGAGAGCGGCGAGCUGCUGCUGCAGGUGAAGCAGCUGGAGGCGGAGCUGGAGGAGCAGGUGAGCCGCGUGCAGGAGCUGCAGGAGACGCACAGCACGGAGACGGCCGACCUGCGGCAGCAGAUACAGGCGCUAGAAAAACAGCUGGAGAAGAACCGCAAGUUCAUGGACGAGCAGGCGGCGGACAGGGAACACGAGCGAGACGUCUUUCAGCAGGAGAUUCACAACCUGGAGCAGCAGCUGAAGAAUCCCACCAAAACACAGACAGGAAGUGACCGCAGGGACAGAGAGGUGCAGGAGUUGAACGCGGCGCUGCAGGAGAAGUCGGACUGGUGCAGUGAGCUGCUGUUGAGUUCGGAGCAGCUGCAGCGGGAUGUGCACGAGAGAGACGAGGAGAUCGAGACGCUGGGAGCGCGUGUGAGGGAGCUGGAGCACACGCUCAUGCACAGGGUUGAGGAGGUUCAGCAUGUGUCGAUGGCGGGUCGAGGAGACGUCACACUGGAGGCACAGCUGCAGACAGAGAGAGAGGCUCUGGACAGGAAGGAGAAAGAGAUCGUGAAUCUGGAGGAGCAGCUGGAGCAGUUCCGUGAGGAGCUGGAGAACAAGAGCGAGGAGGUGAAUCAGCUCCACAUGCAGCUGGAGAUCCAGAGGAAGGAGAUCAGCAGCCACCAGCAGGACCUGCAGGCUCAGGCCCGACUCGCACAGGUCUUGGAGGAGAAGGACAGGCAGAUAGCCGUCCUUAACGAACAGCUCGCUAAACGCCAGCGCACGGGAACAGACCCUGACAAAGAGGUGGUGGAGGUGAAGGACGAGGCUCUCCGUGAGCUGGAGGCGCAGGUGGAGUGUCUGCGGAGCGAGCAGGAGCGUCUGAAGAGGAACAACGAGGAGGAGGUGGAGCAGCUGAACGCCGUCAUCGAGAAACUCCAGCAGGAGCUGUCGCACAUCGAGCACAAGCAGCAGCAGGACGAGGCCAAGGACGAGUACGACGAGAUGAAGCAGAAGAUGGACGAGGUCACGACGGAGCUGGACACGCUGAAGUCCGCGCACCGCUCGCUGCGGAGCCAAUACGAGCGUCUGCAGGAGGAGACGGUGACGGAGCUGGAGGAGGCUCUGCGGGAGAAGACGGCCGCGUUUGUGGUGGUCCAGGCUCAGGUUCAGGCGCUGGAGGAGAGCGCGGGGUCGAGGGUGACGAGCUUGAGUCGGCGCGUGGAGGAGCUCGAGACCAGCGUGGAGGAGAAGGACUCGGAGCUGCGCGCUUGCAGGCUGAAGGUGGAACAAGCGCAGACGGACGCCGACGCUCUUUACGCUAAAGUGGCUCAGCUGGAGGACAAACUCAGGGAGAAGGUGGCCGCCGUUCUGGUCAGUCAAGCACAACUGGAAGCCGUCCAGACGCAAACCAAAGAGCUCCACGCUGAGGCUCACGCAGGAGAAGCCACGGGCCCCAGCGCGCAGCUGCGGUCGGAGGGCCUCACGGCGCAGGACGGCGCGUCGACGCCGGCCUCCGCGGGGAAGGUGAACCUGCUGACGGAGAGGCUGAAGGAGCUGGAGGAGGGUCUGAGCGGCAUGCAGAAGGACCAGGAGCUGCAGAAGCAGCUGUUGAGCAGCUCCGAGGAGGAGGUGGUGGAGUACGAGAGGAGGUUAGGCGUGAUGAUCGACCUACUGAACCAAAUGAGAACCAAACCAACCCAUCACAGGCCGCUGACGUCCACUGAGGUGUCAGAUGAGAGCGGUCAGUCAAUGUCAGAGCUGAUGCAGGAGCUGCAGGAGGUCAAAGGUCAAGUUGCGUCUACUAAAGAGGAGCUGAACUGCUUCAGAGAACUGAGCCACAAGCUUCAGGAGGACAUUGAGAUGAAGGAGAGCACGAUCACGCAGCUCCAGACGACUCUCAGCCAGGUCACGGCGAGCACGCGAGAAGAAGACGCAGCCGAGGCGGCUAAAGUUCUCCAGGAGCUGCAGGAGGUCAAAGGUCAAGUGAGCAGCACACAGCAGGAGCUGGAGAGCAGCAGGGAGCAGAGCGUCAGACUGCAGGAGCUGCUGCAGGAGCGAGAGAUGAGUUUGGCUCUGCUGAAGGAUCAGCUGCACAGGGCGUCGCAGGAGGGCGAUCGGUCCACGGCGGAGCUGCUGCAGGAGCUGCAGGAGGUCAAAGGUGAAGCGGCCGCCACCAAAGAGGAGCUCAACAGCUACCGGGAGCGCAGCCUCAAACUGCAGGAGGAGAUCGAGGUCAGAGACGUUUCCAUCGCUGAGCUGAAGGACAAAGUUCAGGAGCUCCAGACCACUUUGGCCAAAUCCAGUGAGGAGCUGCUGCUACAACAACCGCCGUCCAGCCUAAAAAGAAAGGAGACAACAGAGAGCAUCAUGGGGACAGACAGAAGCACAGACGCGAGAAAAGACAAGCCGUCCAUUACUCGCACGAACUCCACGGACCGAUCGGAGAGCUCCUCGUCUGCGAACGGGACCCGGGGCCCGUCCCGCGUGGACGCGUGUACGCAGACGGAGCCGUCCGGAGCCGAGGAGGUGGAGGAGAUGAUGGCGGGAUACGAGGAGAAGAUCGGACAGAUGCAGGAGCUGCACGCGGCCGAGAUCAUGGACAUGGAGGCCAGACACAUCGCAGAGAGCGAAAGCCUCAAGAGAGAAAACCAGCAGCUGGAGGACGAGUGCCGAGCGCUCAGAGACGCCGUCCACAAACUCAGGACCGCAGAGGGUCCGUCAGUGAGAUCUGAACGUCCAUCCGUCUCUCCGUUUAAAGACGGAUACGCCAGUGACAGCAGUUCAGACUGGAGUCAGCGCACGGGUUACGAUCAGGCUCACCUGCAGCAGGAGUAUCGCAGCACACCUGAAGGAGCGCGCCGAGACGUGGAGCCGGACGUCCUGCCGGACAGAAUCAAGAACCUGCUGCGCGAGGUCCAUCAGGAGGGGAUGCAGGUGCUGUCGCUGUCUGAGCUGCCGCUGGCUGAAGCCGAUCGACCCGGAGCGACGCUUCCUCCUCAGAGCUGGAGCAAAGAGAGAGACGCCCUCAUCAACACCGUCGAGUCCCUGAAGCUCCUCAUCAGCAAACUGCAGAGCGGCGCCGACACACAGGUUGAUGGCGACUGGCGAGCGGAGCUGCUUACGGCCGUUCAGCAGGUGUUUGUUGACGAGCGAGACGUGCUGAAGAACGUCUUAUACUCUCAUCUGGAGCGUCUGGACACGGCUGAUGCUGUCAUUCAUCUCAACCAGCUGGAGAGAGCGCUAGCGGAACAGGACGCGCGGCACAGGGAGCUGAUGGGAGUUCUGUGCUCCGCCGACAGAAACAGCCUGCGCUCAGAGAUCCAGCAGCUCAGAGAUCAGCUCCACACGCUCACAGCAGAGCAAACACAGCGCCACCAUCAGGACACCGCCGGUUUGGAGAGCGAGAGGGAGGUCAAAGCGAUGCCGGCCAGUGCUGUGGUCGAACCCGGCUCUGAUAGACUGGAGGAAAUGAAGACUGAACUGAACCAGACUAAACUGGAGCUAGAGAGCGCUCUCACAUCACAACACAAACACCUGAGAGAACUCGACACACUCAGGGCGGAGGUGUCACUGAAGGCCGCUGAAGUCGACACACUGAACGACAGACUGGCACAAGAGCAGAAGAGAGCCAGAGAGCUGCAGUGGGCCUUCGAGAAGGAGAAAUGCAAGUCUGACAGAAAGGAAGAGACCGACAGAGAGGAAGUGGAGGAUCUUAAACUGUCUCUGGAGGAGCAGCGGGGCCGUGUGGCUGAGCUCUGCAGCUCUCUGGAGAAAGAGAGACAGAUUUCGGCUGAGCUCAGAGAGCAGGUGGACGGUCAGCAGGCGCGGGAGGUCAGCGUCUCCUCAGAGCUGCAGGUGCAGUUAGACGCUCAGAGAGCUCGAUCGCUGGAGCUCAGCAGCGCUCUGGAGAAAGAGAAGGAGCUGAACGCACAGCUGCUCCAGCGCCUCCCGACGAGCUCCACGUCAAACCCGCGCGAGUCUGACACACAAAACACACUCAAGCAGGCCGAGGCCACCUGCAGCCAGGUGGAGGCCGGCGUUCUCUCUGUGGAGUCUCUCCUGCAGACGCUGCAGACGCAGCUGGCCGAAAAGCAGGCGCAGGUGGUGCAGAUGAUGGAGAAGCUGGAGAGACAGAAGCUGGAUGCUGUGCAGCACAAACGUCAGUGGGACGAGGAGAAAUCUGCCCUCGCCCGCACCGCCGCGCAGGACCAGAACGCACUGCGGGCGGCACGCGACAGCCUGAGCGGCCUGGAGAGACGGGCGGACGAGCUGCGGGCAGAGCUGGACGCGGAGAGAGACAGCGUGAGGAGACUGGAGAGAGACAGAGACAGACUGCAGGGGGCGGUGAGACAGCUGGAGGACAGACUGAGAGCGCCCGAGAACAACCAGAGCGGCGUGAGAUCAGACGCCCAGCCUGAGGAUCGAACCCGGGACUGGGUGUUGCAGGCGGGAGACGCUCUGACGCUGGAGUCCAGCACAACGUCCCUGCGCGAGACCGGUCAGAGCUCGGAUCCAAAACACAUGGACAACAUCCUGAGCAGACUGCAGCUCAUCGCUGCCAAGAUCAACAGCCUGACCAGCGAAACCCCGAGCAGGUUAUCUGGGGAAGCGCUGGACCGGGACAGUCUAGCAUGGCUGCACAGUAAUGUACAGGAUGUGAUGUCACUGUUACAGCAUAUCCCAUCAGCCCCCUCUGCUCUCCCGGAGAGCGCCGCCCUGCUGGUGGGAGGAUCGUCCAGUCUGCUGAACGAGCGUUUACUCAGGCAGAACGCGGAGCUCACGGGAUUCGUCAGCCGACUGACGGAAGAGAAGAACGACCUGCGGAAUCAGUUACUGAAGCUGGAGGAGGAGCUGCGCAGAUACAGACAGAAGAAAACCACCGCUGAGAGUGUGUCGAGUCGGAGCGGCGUGGAGCGUCAGGAUCUGGUGUUGUUCUCCAGCGAGCGUGAGUCUUGGGCUCAGGAGAGGAAUCGUUUGGAGAAGUCUCUCCGUCAGGCCGAGGCAGAACUGAAUCGUCUGAGAGGAGAGAUUCGCUCCGAUUCGCUGCGGGAUCUGACCGGAGCCGAUCUGGACAACGCGGCCCUCAGGAGGAUGUAUGGAAAAUACCUGCGCGCCGAGAGCUUCCGGAAGGCUCUGAUCUAUCAGAAGAAGUACCUUCUGCUGCUGCUGGGAGGAUUUCAGGAGUGUGAGGAGGCCACGCUGUCUCUGAUCGCCCGCAUGGGCGGCCACCCCGCACACACCUGUCUGGAGACUGUAGGACAUCACCGCAGGGGAUUCACACGCUUCAGAUCGGCCGUGCGCGUCUCCAUCGCCCUCUCCAGGAUGAGGUUUCUGGUGAAGCGAUGGCAGAGAGCAGCUGGAGGAAAUGUCACAUCUCCGAUCGUCAGCAGAAACGGCCUCGCUCAGAUCACAGGAGUUGAUGUGAGGAACGAGUCGUCGUAUCUUCAGCCCGGCGGUGUGGAGGUGUUCAGAGAGAGACGAACGACCAGCCGCGGCCGUACGGGACGAGACUCUCCUCGCUCCGCCGCGUCGCUCCAGCACAGGUUUCACACGAUGGCCGGUGAUGCCGGAGGUUUACCGUGUUCACACCUGCAGAACUACGACCCCGACCGCGCUCUCACCGACUACAUCUCCCGUCUGGAGGCCCUGCAGAGACGUCUGGGGAGUGUGCAGUCAGGCUCCUCUUCGUACGCUCAAUUGCACUUUGGAGUCAGAAGAUGAAGGAGUUGAUUUCUAUUGAAACUGGCUUGAAGAAACUCAGUUGCCUUCUCUUGUGCUGAGCUGCUGUGCUUUUGUAUUCUGACUAUAAACGUGUACAAUUCUGUGGGACCAAAACCACGUUUGUCUGUUUUCGUUUCGUUUUGUGUUCGUGUGGAUCAUCUUAUAAUCAAGCUUUCGUUGAAACGGCUUCAACGUCUGUACAUUAGUUCUACCUUAUUUGUCGUUAAUGGAAAACAAUCACGUUGUACCUGUAUAUUUGUGGAAUGCUAAUUUAAGUUGAUUAAUUUAAGACGUGUCGAGAGAGUUUGGACCAGGACGGCUGCUAUCGGACUCGCGAUAACACGAGCGCUGCGACGAGCGACGCGUUCCCCGGCACAAACACUAACCGGAGGCCCAACGAGUCUCGUUAAGGCUUUCGGAGCUCCGUCGGGCCGUGACGCCUCGCUGCGCAGCGCCUCUGUGUUAUCGGAUACUCUACACUGUGUUUUAUUCGCUCGCUCCCAUGAAAAGACCACAGAGGACAUUUGUAGAAGACAUAUUUUUGUAAAGGUAGGAGCUUCGGAUUUUAUGGGUAUUUUGUCAAAACUGAAAUAAAGAUUAAUAUAAUAUUUGAAAACUGC